UAUGGCUAGAACAAAGCAGACCGCCCGUAAAUCCACCGGUGGCAAAGCCCCCAGGAAGCAGCUCGCUACCAAGGCCGCCCGUAAAAGCGCCCCGGCUACCGGCGGUGUGAAGAAGCCUCACCGCUACAGGCCCGGUACCGUCGCUCUCCGAGAGAUCCGUCGCUACCAGAAAUCCACGGAGCUGCUGAUACGUAAGCUGCCCUUCCAGCGGCUGGUGAGGGAAAUUGCUCAGGAUUUCAAAACUGACCUGCGCUUCCAGAGCUCCGCUGUCAUGGCUCUUCAGGAGUCCAGCGAGGCUUACCUGGUCGGUCUGUUCGAGGACACCAACCUGUGCUCCAGUGUAAAGAUGAGUGGCCGUGGUAAAGGAGGUAAAGGUCUGGGUAAAGGAGGCGCCAAGCGCCACCGCAAAGUCCUUCGUGAUAACAUCCAGGGAAUCACCAAGCCCGCCAUCCGCCGCCUGGCUCGCCGCGGCGGAGUGAAGCGUAUCUCGGGUCUGAUCUACGAGGAGACCCGCGGUGUCCUGAAGGUGUUCUUGGAGAACGUGAUUCGUGAUGCCGUCACCUACACCGAACACGCCAAGAGAAAGACCGUCACCGCCAUGGACGUGGUGUACGCCCUGAAGAGACAGGGACGCACCCUGUACGGCUUCGGCGGUUAAACUGAGAAACCAAACCCACACAAAGGCUCUUUUAAGA